AUGCUGCACCAGAAAUACUACAAGGAAUAUGGUCUUGCUAUCGAGGGUCUCACCAGACAUCAUAAGAUCGACCCACUGGCCUUCAAUCGUGAAGUCGACGACGCUCUUCCUCUCGGAGAUAUUCUCAAGCCCGACCCCAAAUUGCGAAAAUUACUGGAGAGCUUGGAUACCACCAAGGUGAAGCCAUGGUUGCUGACGAAUGCCUAUAUAAGCCAUGGACAGAGGGUCGUAAAGCUGCUGGGCGUGGAGGAUCUGUUUGAGGGUAUCACCUACUGUGACUAUGGCCAGCUUCCGUUGGUUUGCAAACCCAGUCAGGAGAUGUACGCCAAGGCUGAGCGAGAGGCUGGCGCUCCUAAUACUGAGUCUUGCUACUUUGUGGCCCCUGCCAAUUUCUUGAAGGCGGCUUGUCGCCGAAACUUGCUCCUGCUCAUCGCGAUGGCCGGCCAAGACUACUCUCCUGGCACAGUGGUUGUGUUGACCGAUGGGCGGCAAGCUACUGUUCGUUUCAUAGGUCUAACUCACUUCGCCAACGGGGAGUGGAUUGGUGUUGAACUGACGGAUCCAACGGGCAAGAACGAUGGCGAAGUACAAGGAGAGCGGUAUUUCCAGUGCGAGCCAGGCUUUGGCAUGUUCAUUCGCCCAUCGGCCAUAACUUCCACACUUCAGCAGCCGUCCCGACAAAGUAAACAAACGGCCAGGCCCGGCUCUAGUGCGAAUACUGGCAGACAAUCACAGGCAGGGAGCAACACAAACAUCCGCAACAGUGGGGUUUCUACACAUACAGCGGGUAAGAGGCAGAGCACGACGGCUGCUGCGAGUCAGCCAUCGGUGGCAAGAGUCAGCUCUCGACCAUCUCUGAGGUCACCGACGAAAUCACCAACAAAGCAGUUGGUCUCGCCAGCGACGUCUUCGAGUCGUUCGUCCGCCGGCGCUGCUCCACGAACUUCUGCGGUGGCACCGAAUCGUCCGCGGCUAGCUUCAACAACCAAAUCCUCAGGGAGUCAGCCCGGGCCUCAACUUGCUGCACCCAGGUCGUCACGGCCAUCGAUAAGUGGGCCAGCGACAAGAACGUCUCGAUCCGCAACAGCAACCUCUACUCUCUCCAAGCGGCCUUCGUUACGACAGGUAACUCAGGCGAAAGCCCCCGAUGCCAGCGACACACCAGCAAGUCAGCCGUCAGAAGGGUCUGCUGACGCAGACUUGCCCGAAAACGAAGAUGUCAGUCCGCGACGUGAAGAAACUGCGCCGUUACCAGCACAAGCUCCGGUGCCGUCACCCCGGGGUUCACGACCGUCAUUAACCGCGACCCGGUCGAUGGGAUCCCGGUCUAGCAUUACGCCUUCCGCGGGCCGGCCGGCGCAGAAUGCUGCUGCGGCCGCGCGAGAGUUGGAAGAACUACAAACACGAUUGCGGGUCAUGGAGAAAAAGCGGAGCGAUGACCGCGAGAAAUUAAAGAUGCUCGAGCAAUUGCAAGUCGAACGUGAUAAAUUCGAGUCAAUAAUUCAGAAACUUCAAGCCAAGUACCAGCCGCAACAGAUGGAAAUCACAGAGCUGCGAAAAAGCUUGAAGAAGACACAUGAUCGUCUCGAGCAAUUGGAGCGAAUGGAGGCCGAACAUGAAUCUCUUAUGGAGAUGGCUACUCUGGAUCGAGAAAUGGCAGAAGAGACCGCCGAGGCCUAUAAACACGAAUGUGAGACCCUGCGAUUGAAACUCGAGGAGUUGCAGCUGGAAGUGGAGGUCUUACGGGAGGAGAAUGAAGAGUUCGGACAAGUCACGAGUCCUGAAGAGAGGUCCAGUCAGGGUUGGCUUCAAUUGGAAAAGAACAACCAGCGUCUCCGUGAAGCUCUCGUCCGACUUCGGGAUAUGACCCAGCAACAGGAAUCUGACCUGAAAGCUCAGAUUCAAGAACUUGAAGAAGACCUUGAAGAAUAUGCAACCGUGAAAGCCGACUACGAGGCCACCAAAGAAAAGCUUCUAGUUGCCGAAACAAAUGUGCAAGACCUGAAACAGCAACUAGACACCGCCUUGGGUGCGGAGGAAAUGAUCGAAGAGCUUGCCGACAAGAACAUGCGGUACCAAGAAGAAAUGAAUGAACUCAAGGCAGCAAUUGAAGACCUGGAAGCUCUACGCGAGAUAAGUGACGAGCUAGAGACCACCCAUAUCGAGACCGAGAAGCAGCUCCAAGAUGAAAUCGAUUAUCGUGAUACUGUAUUCACAGAACAGCUUCGCAAAAUUGCCCAUCAAGACGAGACAAUCGAAGACCUUGAGUAUACUCUUUCCCGCUUCAGGGAAUUGGUGACGAAUCUUCAAGCCGACCUGGAAGAUAUGCGCACCUCUCAACAAAUCACAGAGGCAGAAGCAUCGGACCUUAAUCAACGCUCGCGAGCGAUGAUGGACCUCAACACGAAGCUCCAAGCUUCGGUUUCCAAAGCGCAAACAAAGUCCAUCGACAUGGAAAUGGGCCGUAUGGACGCCGAGGAAGCUGCCCAACAUUUGGCGAUCGUGAAACUUUAUCUUCCUGAAUACUAUGAGGAAGAAAAAAACUCGGUAUUUGCCCUUCUCCGGUUCAAGCGUGUCAGCUUUAAAGCGAAAAUGAUGAACAAUACUGUGCGUGAGCGGAUAUCUGAGCAAACAUCAAUCUCUAUGCAUGAAGACAUAGUGCACGCGCACGAAGUAUCCGAGCAGCUCUUGUGGAUAUCGAGCAUCUGCGAUCGCUUCAUUAAAUACAUCAGCUCCUGCUCCCCGGAAGAGUUUGGAAGAAUUAGGGUCACCUUAUUCGAGAUGGAACCAGUCGAGCGGACAUUGAACUUCUGGAUUGAGAAUCUGAAGAAGAACGAAGUGAGCUCCAAAAAGUUCGCCGUUGAAUUACAACGGUCUAUCGCCCUCCUCGCGCAUUUGUCCGAAAGUUUCAUUCCCUCAAAUCCGGAAAUGUUUGCGGAGGAGCUGUGCAUGCGGGCAAGCCUGUGCCAAUCCUACUUUGAACACAUGUCUGCAGUUGCAGCCUGGUUGAAGACUUUCAUAAAGUCAAAAGCCUUGCCCUCGACUCCGGCCGAGAAGUCAGAAAGCAAUGAGGAGACUAGCUAUGCCCUCAAGCAGCUAGAGUCUUUUAUCUCUCAGGCUCGUGGAUUCAAAGUGGCAAUGGGCAAAGUUUUCCGCUCUUUGGAUGACCUCCGCUCACGCUCUCUCGCUCUCUCAAAUGAAGCCGAUGAACCCUUCCAGAAGAUGGAAACAUCUACAAAGCAGCUGUCUGAAAUUACUCGUAAAAUUUGCGAAAGUGUCAUUACUCUCACCAGUGAUGAAGGCCGGGCUGAUCCCUUUACUAUCACGGAGAUCAUGGAAGCGAUGUCACCAGCAGCUGAUUCAUUGUCAACAAAUGAUGAAAUACCCACCGGAUCAUCGGAUUCAAUGACUCUGCUUGCCAACAAACUGCGCGAGCUGGGUGGCGCUUUAGAAGAGCUUGACGUUAUUGCUGCAGAUCUCUCGCAAACCACUGAGUUUGAGAGGAGGCCUUUUCCAUGGAUUUCUCGUUCGGAAGAACUCACGUCUAACAAGGCGAUCUCGCCAGAUGCCGACGAGGAGAUACGCCGACUCAAGAACGAAGUGCAUGAGAUUUCUACUGCACUUGGUGUGAAAGAUAACACUCUUGAGGAGCAAAGUAUCAAGAUUGAGCUUCUCGAGUCACGCAUGCGUGAGGCAAACAAGAAGGCUUCUAUGGUCAAAGAUCUCGAAGCCAAGAUCGACGAGGUCCAAACUGUGAGCGCCGAACUCGAAAGGACCGUCGACGUACAGAAGAAGGAGCUCAUGUCUAUGGAGGCCGAGCGUGACGACUUCAAGGCUCGCCUUGAAAGAAUGAAGCGCAUCUCCGGGACCGCAGGUGGAUCGCCAGGCAAGGGAGGUCUGGUCAUUGACAGUGAGGCGUCGCUGGCUGCAAUGCAGGAGAAUGAGAGCCUUCGGGCUGAAGUGCAGAGUCUCCAAGCUGCUGUGCGCUUUUUGCGGGAAGAAAGCCGACGCGCAAAUCUCCUGGACCCAUACUCGAUCAAGCGAACUACGGAGAUGCACGCCUGGUUGGAUGCGCCGCUGGCUCGAGCAGCUCCUACGCCCGAGCAGAAAAAGAUUCAGCGUACUGCGCUUGAAAGCAGGGAUAUUCUCACGCAUCUGCUGAAGCUCACCAAAGAUUCUCGCGUGUGUGACUUGAAAUCAAGCAUCGCCGUCCCUCCUGCGAAUGAGAAACCUACUCCUCGCACCGGGUGGCGUCCAUCAAAUUCUCGCUUGCGCUACCACACUCUACGGCAACGUGAGCAAUAUGAGCACUGGGCCGAGUGGUGUAACGAGGUUGCUCACCACGAGCGCGAGCACGAUCGGAUUGCCGCGACAAAGAAAGAGCGCGCCUUACGCGAGCAAGUUUCGCGCCGAGGACACAAGGCGUCCAUUGAAGAUCCACAAGGAGCGGGUCAUGGCAUGAUGGGUCGUGCGUGGCAAAUACUUGGGAUCCAGAACAACCACGACAAAGCUCCACUCACUCGUGAGAUCGACAUUGAAGGAGUGGACAUUGUUUCUUCUGAUUAG